CGCGCCCGUAGUCACACGCACUCAGCGCCGCGCGGCCAGGCCACCGGCCAGCCCGUCCUCCCCCUCCGGUCUUUCCUGUCCUCCGUUUUCCGUUAAACCUGUCCGCUCCGUGCCGGUGCUCCGGUAGACCCCCCCUCCCCGCCGCCGGCCCUCUCACCGACCGCCUGCCGCCGGUCCAGCCGCCGGAUUACCGAGUUUCAGCGACCGGACCUGCCGUGAUUCACCGCCCUGCCGGCGGGCCUCAACUUUCCUGCCCCGGUUCACCGUGUUACUCCGUCCGCCGACGGCCGCCGUUACCGGACGGUGACGUCAGCCCGGAGAAAAGUUGUGAGGGAGCCGCCGCCGCCGCCGGUACACCGGGAAAGAGCCGGAUAGACCGGAGGAUAACUUUAGUUUGACGGGACGCAGCAGCGCCCCCACCCAGCUCCCCCCCACCCCGGUACCGACAGGCCCGCACCGGAACCAGCCGUAGGACCGGCAGCGGGACCCACCGUCCGUUCGUCGUUCCGUUUACCGGGACAUGGACGCCCUGUGACCGGAGCAGCGCGUGGCCUCCACGAGACAGUUUCCCCGGUAGAGGCGGAGUGGGCGGAGCUAGAAGAUGGUGGGUGCAUCGGUGAAGGUGGCGGUCCGAGUCCGACCGUUCAACUCCAGAGAGACGGGACGCAACGCCAAAUGUGUGAUCCAGAUGCAGGGAAACUCUACCUGUAUCUCCAACCCCAAACAGGCCAAAGAUGGAGCCAAGAACUUCACCUUCGACUACUCCUACUGGUCGCACACCACGACCGAGGAUCCCAGCUUCGCAUCCCAGAGGCAGGUUUACAAGGACAUCGGAGAGGAGAUGCUGCUGCACGCAUUCGAAGGGUAUAAUGUGUGUAUUUUUGCGUACGGCCAGACGGGAGCUGGUAAAAGCUACACCAUGAUGGGUAAACAGGAGCCUGGUCAGGAGGGCAUCAUCCCACAGCUGUGUGAGGACUUGUUCCAGAGGACAGGAGAGAACUCCGACCCUGACCUGACCUACUCUGUGGAGGUGUCCUACAUGGAGAUCUACUGCGAGCGGGUCCGAGACCUCCUCAACCCCAAGUCCCAGGGCACCCUGAGGGUCCGAGAGCACCCCAUCCUGGGGCCCUACGUGGAGGACCUGUCCAAGCUGGCCGUGACCGGAUUCCCCGACAUCCGGGACCUGAUGGACGCCGGAAACAAGGCCCGGACGGUCGCAGCCACCAACAUGAACGAGACGUCGUCCAGGUCCCACGCCGUCUUCACCAUCGUCUUCACCCAGAAACGCAGAGACCAGAUGACCAGCCUGGACACGGAGAAGGUCAGUAAGAUCAGUCUGGUGGACCUGGCAGGAAGCGAGCGAGCAGAUUCUUCUGGAGCAAAAGGAACUCGACUCAAGGAGGGAGCGAACAUCAACAAAUCUCUGACCACGUUAGGAAAAGUCAUAUCAGCUCUGGCCGAGAUGCAGAGCAGUAAGAAGAGGAAAAGUGAUUUCAUUCCCUACAGAGACUCUGUUCUCACCUGGCUGCUGAAGGAAAACCUGGGAGGAAACUCUCGGACGGCCAUGAUCGCUGCUCUAAGUCCUGCUGACAUCAACUACGAAGAGACACUGAGCACUCUGAGGUAUGCCGACCGCGCCAAACAGAUCCGCUGCAACGCCGUCAUCAAUGAGGAUCCCAACGCCAAACUGAUCAGAGAGCUGAAGGACGAAGUGGAACGACUGAGGAACCUGCUGUUCUCCCAGGGCCUGCAGGAGCUGCUGGACAACACUGUCAACAACAACGGUCUGGCGGCUGUUCCAGGUGUGUCCCCCUCCCCCCUGCAGCUGGCCCUCACAGCCAAUGGGAUUGUGUCUAAUAAUGGCUCCGCCCCUCCAGGUGCUGAACCUUCGUCUGCAGGUGAUGUCGUACCUGCCGACCCCAAUCACCUGAUCGAGGACGGGGAGGAGGGGGAAGAGGCGGUCGCCACGGAGACCAUCAGCAAAGAGGAAGCAGCUGAGAGACUGAUGGAAACUGAGAAAAUAAUCGCAGAAUUAAACGAGACGUGGGAGGAGAAGCUCAGAAAGACUGAAUCUAUCCGUCUGGAGAGAGAGGCCCUGCUGGCUGAGAUGGGCGUCUCCAUAAAGGAAGACGGAGGAACUCUGGGCGUCUUCUCUCCUAAAGGGACACCUCAUCUAGUCAACCUGAAUGAAGACCCUUUGAUGUCCGAGUGUCUCCUCUACUACAUCAAGGAGGGAUUCACCAGGGUUGGACAGCAGGACGUGGACAUCAAGCUGUCGGGUCACUUCAUAAAGGAGAUCCACUGUGUGUUCGUCAGUGAGACCAAUGAUCAGGGAGAAGUGGUCGUCACUCUGGAGCCGCUGGUCGGAGCAGAAACCUACGUCAACGGGAAGCAGAUCAGUGAAGCCGUGGUUCUGAAACAAGGUAACCGCAUAGUGAUGGGGAAGAACCACGUGUUCCGGUUCAACCACCCAGAGCAGGCCAGGCUGGAGAGGGAGCGCAGCGUCACGGCCGACCAGCAGGGGGAGCCAGAGGACUGGAACUACGCCCAGAGGGAGCUGCUGGAGAAACAAGGCAUCGACAUCAAGCUGGAGAUGGAGAAGAGAUUACAGGAUAUGGAGACUCAGUACCGUAAAGAGAAGGAGGAGGCCGACCUGCUGCUGGAGCAACACCGACUGUAUGCAGACAGCGACAGCGGCGACGACUCCGACAAGAGAUCAUGUGAAGAGAGCUGGAGGCUGAUCUCCUCCCUGAGAGAGAAACUACCUGCAAACAAGGUGCAGACCAUAGUGAAGCGAUGUGGUCUACCCAGCAGCGGGAAGAGGAGGGAACCUCUCCGAGUCUACCAGAUCCCCCAGAGGAGGAGGAUCAGCAAAGACCCCAAACGGGUCACCAUGGACGAUCUCCGGAUGCAGGCCGUCAAGGAGAUCUGCUACGAGGUGGCUCUGGGAGACUUCCGUCACUCCCGGCAGGAGAUCGAAGCGCUGUCCAUCGUCAAGAUGAAGGAGCUCUGCCGGAUGUACGCCAAGAAGGACGGCAGCGAGAGGGACAGCUGGAGGGCCGUGGCCCAGGACGUGUGCGACACGGUUGGCAUCGGAGAGGAGAGGAGCCCCCCGGCCGAGGACGGAGGAGGUGGAGGAGGUGGUGGGGGAGGAGAGACGGGGGAGGCAGGGGAGAAAGGAAAGGUGUACGACCUGAAGGCUCACAUCGACAAGCUGACCGACAUCCUGGAGGAGGUGAAGCUGCAGAACAACAUGAAGGACGAGGAGAUCAAAGCUCUAAGGGACCGGAUGAUCAAGAUGGAGAGCAUCAUACCCGUCCAGGACGACGAUGUGAAUGGCGAAGGAGGCGGGUGUCCCCAGACGGAAGGGGGUGGAGCCAAUGACGGCCAGCCGGAGACCCGAGUCCAGCGGCUGAUGGACGAGGACCCGGCGUUCAGGAGAGGGCGCCUCCGCUGGCUAAAGCAGGAACAGCAACGCAUCCUGAACCUGCAGCAGCAGAACAUCACCAAGAAGCUCCGAGGACAGAACCAGAACCAGAACCAAGGUCAGAACUCCCCCGUUGUCCCGGUCCACCUCCCCGGUACUGGACGCUUCAUCCCCCCCCAGGAGUGCAAGCUCAAGUUCCCCUUCAAGAGUAACCCCGCCCACCGUUUGUCAUGGGGACCAGCCAGCGCCGCACUGCAGGCCCUAGGUCUGGGGGAGGGGGGCGACGGUGAGCCGAGGGAGGACGUGGGGGAGGGAGAGCCCUUCCCUUCCACGCCUCCCCCACAGGGUCCCGCCCUCCUGCCCCUCCCCUUCCCAGCCCCACCCCCUCGCAUGCGCACCCCCAGUCCCCACCGCACCUGGCAGCAGCGUAACCAGGGCAACCAGGGCGGCUUCGGCUACCAUCACCAGGGCAACAACCACAACCACCAGCGCCGCUACCGCCGCAACUCCCUGGACAACACUGCUCACGGUAGCUAUGACAACGACCAGCAGCAUGGCAGCGGGGGCAACAACGGUCACCAGGGGCGACCCAGACAGAGGAGGGCGUCGCCCGGGCCAGGGGGGGAAAGAGGAGGGAGGGGAGGAGGAGGAGGAGGAGGAGGAGGAGGAGGAGGAGGAGGAGGGGGAGGGGGUAGGGACAGAGACGGAGGUUUCCAUUAUAAUCAACGCCAGCACCAUCAGUACCACCACCACCCCUACUACAACCCCCACAAUGCACCAUUCCAGCCAGGACCUCAUCCCAACUACCACAGCCUGCCGCGCUCUGGGGCCCCACCCCUUCCUGCUGACAUGCUGCUGGGGGCGGGGCCGCCGCCGGGUGGGUGGGGCUUCACGCCACCGAGAAUGAGACGGCAGUUCAGCGCACCGGACCUCAAACAGAACAAGGACACGCCCAUCUGAUGCAUGGAGGCGUCUGAUUGGCCGCGGGGACACAGGACGAUCCUGAUGCUGUAGCGACGAGAGCGUGUGUGUGUGUGUGUGUGUGUGUGUGUGUGUGUGUGUGUGUGUGUGUGUGUGUGUGUGUGUGUGUGUGUGUGUGUGUGUGUGUGUGUGUGUGUGUGUGUGUGUGUGUGUGUGUGUGUGUGUGUGUGUGCGUUUCAGCACUUUUACAUUACUGUCACACACAUCCUUCUGUCCUGCUGUGUGUGUUUUGUGUAGGUUGCUCCUAGCUUUUAGCACGAGUUAGCUGUUGCCAUAGCGACACUGUUUUAGGAAAUUUAUAUUUUUAAUUUUGCGUCGUUUGUCUGAGGCUGUCGAACGGGAUUUAUUAGCACAUUUUAGCUUCUCGUUGAUAUUCUGGUGUCAGAUCGGUCUCUCUUUUUUGUGAGCAUUAGCUUCUGUUAGCAUGAAGGGUAAAGCAUGUCGGUUAGCGUUCCAGUGGCUGGAUGCUACGUUAACUUCAGGCUAGUCAGUUAGCAUUCUGGAUGCUACGUUAGCUUCAGGCUAGUCAGUUACCAUUCUGGAUGCUACAUUAGCUUCAGGCUAGUCGGUUAGUGUUCUGGAUGCUAAGUUAGCUUGAGGCUAGUCGGUUAGCAUUCUGGAUGCUACAUUAAGUUCAGGCUAGUUGGUUAGUGUUCUGGAUGCUACUUUAGCUUCAGGCUAGUCAAUUAGCUUGAGCAGGGAGCAAAGGAGGCAACUAGUUUAGCACAAGUGGAAGUGUUAGCUUAGCCAAGGCGGCGUUCAUGUUGCAUGGGAAACCCAGUUUGUACAUUGACAUGUUUAGUGGAUGUGAUACUCAGAAGAUAAUGGUUUUUGUUUUAUUCUUGCGUUCACCACAAACAACAACACAGAUGUGAGAUGGUUGAAACCAAAACUGUGGAGGAUGAUAGAAACAAACCUGCUAACGCUGACGUGAAACAUGGUUUUUAUCUUGUAUCCUGCAACAAACGUCGUGCCGGAAGUUUAGCGAUUUAUCUAUCGACUGUCCCGUGUGACUUGAAUGCUGCAUCAAACCAAAGAGCGUCUCUGUGGCGCCCCCUACAGGAACACAGAGAUAUUAGCUGAAGAAGAAAAGGAGGUGAUUGUGACGUUUCAGUUUUUAAAGAGCUGUGUGUAUAUUUGAUGCUUUUAUUUUUGAAGAAACGUAAUGGCGGUGAGUUCACUGUCUCUGGCAAUCGUGGGAAAUGUGGGAAGUGACUUGUUUGUGUGAGGAUGGUGACAGGUUGUGGUUUAGGAAGGACUUCUGGGAAAUGUAGUGAGAGAAGAGACGCCUGAAAUAAGCUUUGAAGUAGAACGAGACACUACGACACGUUUGAUGUCGACUUCCUGCUGUGAGGAUCUGACACUACUUUACGCCACGCUGCCUUCAGGGCGCCGCAGGAAGACGGGGAUUCUGGACGCCGUUUUCCAGAUGUUCUCCACAGAUUCUCGGCUUCCUGCGGCACCCUGAAUGCAGCGUCAGCCUGCCCUGAGUGACGAUGCAUUCACUGUCGUCUGAACCCCGCCCACUCAGAGCAAGGCAUUGUGGGAGAUGACGAAUGGAGCGUCUGCGGGCUCCGUGACUUUAAGACUUUUAUUUUGAAGGGAGAGCUCAACACGAGUCACCACGACGAUAUCGAAAACACAAGAGGUGAUUGGCCCGAGAACCAUGACGUCAGCCGAGUUUUAGUUCGCUCUGCUGUCUCCGGAAUCGACCAAUCACAGGACAAUCCUGAAACCUGCUGCCACCACCGGGCUUGAUGGGAAAUGGAGUUCCCUCUUCGUUUAUGGUUUUUAUCUUUUUCUUUUUUUUAUUUCCAGCUUGGAAGGCCUCUGAUUGGCUGUUUGUUUUACUUUCUCAUGUAUUCAUUGGCUUCCUGUCUCUGAGUAUUUUAACCCCGCCUACAUGUUUGCUUUAUGAUGUCAUCACGUCAUCAUCACUACUAUUAAUACAAUUAUUAUGAAGUCGUUAAUGUUUGGUUCUUCUGGAGGAGGUGUGUGUGUCUGUGUGUUAAUGUGUUGUUAUGUGUGUGUUUGUGUUACUUUUGACUCGUUUUCCUUCAUGAAGCUGAUUUUGUUGUUUUUUCUUCUAAUCGUUUUUAGUUUUUAUUUUUUUCGUUUGGAGGCUUGUGGAGGAGGAGGGGCCUGGGGGGGUCGUUGCCUCAGCAACCUGCAGUUUUCCCGCUGGCCCCGCCCACUCCCUCGCACCUCUGCUCCAAUCGCAACCUCAGAAUCUGUGACGUCACGACACGACGUCGCCUCCAGGCUCGGCAGACGUGAACAUGAUGACAUCACGGUGUAGCCAUCUUCCUAUUGGCCCAGAGCUCCUCAGUUGCUUUUCUGUCUGUCGGGUUGUUUUUGUUUUUGUUGUUGUUGUUUUUGUUGUAUCAGGAACCAAUCUCAGGCUCUACCUGCAGACAACAUGAUGGCAAUAAACUGUCAGUAAGAAUCAAA